AAGAAAUCGGUUUCUAUGGUGACAGCAGCCUAUAUAGCGUCGCGAUCGGCGCAAAGGCGAGCACCGCAUUUGCACCGCACGCCGUCUGCUAUCUCUGCUAGUUCGCGUCUGCAGCCGGCGUUGCGCUUUGACACAUCUGCUCCGUACGUCUUACCCGAGCGAAAGCGAGCCAUGUCUUCGACGUCAAAGAAGCACCGCAACUUUGUCUCUGAGCCCAUGGGAGAAAAGGACGUGACGGAGCUUGCUGGUGUUGGCGACGUCCUCGGCGGGCGGCUGAAAGACAGAGGGUUUGAUAAAGCCUAUGUCGUCCUUGGGCAGUUCUUGGAGUUGAAGAAGGACCGGCAAGGCUUUGAGAGCUGGAUGAAAAGUACCUGCAGUGCCAACAGCAAGCAAGCGGGAGACUGCUACGAGUGCUUGCGCGACUGGUCCCAGGAGUUCCUGUGAAGUUUGACUCACACGGGCGCCCACUGUAAAGCCCGGAUAAGUGGAGCGAACUUUCACAGCGAACAUCGCCCGGCACAAAUAGACGCAGUGGGACGGCGCCGACGGUUGGCUGGCAUCAUUUACAUAUUCGGCUAAAAGCAGACGGACGGCCACCGCGCAUAAAGUUUCUCACCAUAUUACCUAUAGAGGGAAAUCUGGCGCUGCUGCGCUGUGGUAUGCAUGGGAAUGCCGGUAUAUUGGGACUUCGGAUUGGCAUCGUUCUCGGCGAGCCAGGACGCCUUGAAGACGCGCCUGGCAAGCCGUUCCGUCUGUCACAAUGAUUCAUAUUCUACUAAAAUGGCACGUAAAAAGCUGUUUUAGCUUUAUUAUUAGACAAAGAUAUGUUUUGUUUAACUAUGAGAAGUUGUUAUUGCAUGUACAAUUAUAUGAUACGUAAGAAGUAUCAGUGGGCCCGCUAAAGUUGGAGGACAGACAAGAUUCGCGCUCGCUUUGAAACAGUUUGUCGUCUGUUCUUGCUUUUCUUCGCUUGGUCAUGCAUUGUAGGUGAGUAAAGAUGUAAUAUGGGUGAAUUGAAACAUUUUAUGAAGAUUUUAUUUUAAGAACACGUUAUUUGUGUAGCCAUAUCUACGUUCUAGACGAAGCCUCUUGCAACACCAGCCAACACGAGCCUCGCAGAUACAUAUACCGUCAUUCCCAUGACGGCACGGUGCUCUUUAAGAAACUUCCAUAGACGGUGGCGCCAGAAUUCCCUCUAGGUGUUAGUAGAGUGUACUAGAAUUGGGGAGUGGGUCCAACGGAGGCCCCGACAAGCGGCGAGAGUAAAGGAAAAAACAUUGAAAUUUGCGGCGGCGCUGCAGUCGCCUUCUUCUGACGUUCCGGCCAAUCCGGUGCCUCGGCGGCCCGGUGGAACCACGCCUACCGACGGACGUUACGGCGGCGCCCAGCUGUCGUCUGCUCGACGCGCCGCCGUCUCCUGAACACGCCGUCGUGCUUGUGUUUAUUUCGGCAUUUUCUCUAUAAUUGAUUUUUGUACUUAGUAUGCAAAAAGAAAGAGAAUACAAUAAAAUAACUGCUUUGCCAUGA